ACCGAAAAGCUCAGAAGUGCAUUUCCACUGGCCAGUUGCUGUUUCACAAAUCAUCCCAUUAGCUUCUUCUCUUUGGGAUUCCUGCAAUUUUUGAGCGAAUUUCUAAUGCACUCGCCUGAGGACAGGACGUAAUGAACAAUGCCUUCUAAAGGUAUUUGCCUCGCUAUGCUCAAAUGAACUACAAGAGCAGGAAUAUAACCAGUGAACUCUUGGAUGUAAUUGAAGUAAUAUAUUGACUUUUCAAGAAGAUGACAACACUAUCUUUAGCAUCUGGAAAUGUUGGAAGCAAAGAUAGCUGCUUGGAAUUUCCUAGUUUGUAUUUUGCAGAAGGUCCUUUGGCUAGCAAACUCCUUAGAAGUUCACAUAGAAUAGGGUAUGGAUUUUGGUUGGAUGAUCCAAAAGUUCCCCGGAUUAAGAGCAGAAACAAAUUUUGUGUCACUGCAAAGGUUAAAAAGUGGAGGAAGCACGAUUAUCCCUGGCCGGAUGAUAUUGACCCAAACAUCAAGAGUGGGUACUUGACUUAUCUGUCUUACUUCAAGCCUCUGGCCGAGAAACCGAAACCUGUCACGCUUCCAUUUGAGAAGCCUCUGGUUGAUUUAGAGAAGAAGAUUAUUGAGAUCCGAAAUUUGGCUGAUGAAACUGGUUUAGAUUUCAGUGAUCAAAUUGGUACCCUGGAGAACAAGUAUCAGAUGGCUCUCAAAGAUUUGUACACACAUUUGACACCAAUUCAGCGACUAUCAAUUGCCCGACAUCCCAAUAGACCAACAGUUCUUGAUCAUAUAUUAAACAUCACAGAAAAGUGGGUAGAACUCCAUGGAGAUCGUGCGGGGUACGAUGAUCCAGCAAUUGUUACUGGCAUUGGGAGCAUUGAAGGUAAAAGCUACAUGUGUAUAGGACAUCAGAAAGGUAGGAAUACCAAGGAGAACAUUCUUCGCAACUUUGCUAUGCCAACGCCUCAUGGCUACCGGAAGGCUUUACGGAUGAUGAAAUAUGCUGAUCAUCAUGGUUUGCCUAUCCUUACUUUUGUUGACACUCCUGGGGCAUUUGCUGAUCUAAAAUCUGAGGAACUUGGUCAAGGUGAAGCAAUAGCCCAUAACUUGAGGACCAUGUUUGGUCUAAAGGUGCCCAUUGUAACAGUGGUAACUGGCGAGGGCGGUUCCGGAGGAGCCCUUGCGAUUGCCUGUUCAAAUAAAAUGUUCAUGAUGGAGAAUUCUGCUUUCUACGUUGCAAGUCCUGAAGCAUGUGCUGCAAUUUUGUGGAAAUCCUCUCAAGCAGCUCCUAAGGCUGCUGAGAAAUUGAAAAUCACAGCUCAAGAACAUUACAGGCUCAAAAUUGCUGAUGGUAUCAUCCCUGAGCCUCUUGGUGGUGCACAUGCUGAUCCAGCAUGGGCCUCCCAACAAAUUAAGUCUGCAAUAAUCGAGGCAAUGAAGGAACUAGCAAACAUGAGUACAGAAGAGUUGCUCCACCACAGGAUGCUCAAAUACCGCCAUAUCGGUGGUUUUCAAGAAGGAAUUCCCAUUGAUCCACAGAGAAAACGCAAGAUGAUGCCAUCUCAAACCAGCCUGCCAAAGCCUGGUGACAUAGAGUCAGAACUUGAGGAUCUAAAGAAUAAGAUUCUCAAAGUGAAAGGCCCAUCCGAUCCAAUCACAUCCCAAGCGAUUGAGAAACUCAAGGAAGAUGUUGACAAAGAGAUGACCAAUGCAUUCAUCUCCAUGGGCUUACAAGAGAAGCUUGAAUCUCUCAAACUAGAACUCUCCCAACCCCCAAAUGGGUUGCCUAAUCAACCACUCAGCAGAAGUUUGAAGGAAAAAUCAGACAAACUCAUGCAAGAAUUCAAGCAGAACCUGUCAAAGCCCGGUUCUUAUCUGGGUUUGAAACAGAAGCUUGAAAAGCUAGACAUGGUUAACAAACUCAUUGAGCAGAAGAAGAAGAGCGAGGAACUAAAAACAGAGAUCAACAGCAAGAUCCCAUCUGAGACACAAGCAAAACUGAAACAAUUGAAGGAUAAUUGGGACAAUAUUGUUUCCAGUGGGGCCCCAGUGGACAGAGAGUUCAUAGAGGAACUCGAGAGAGUCAAGACAGAGCUUGUCGAUGUCUUGAAGACAGCAAAUUUGGAUGUCGUGGGAGUGGUCAAAAGGACUGCCGAGGCCCCACCGGCAGAGGUGAGAGAGAUGGUGCAGCGUUUGAAAGAGGAGAUCGAUGGGGAGAUUGAGAGGGCCAUAGAAAUGGCGGAACUUGGUGGGAAGAUCGAGGAACUGAAGGCGAAAAUGGCGGAUGGGUUGAAUGUGAAAGAGGUUGAGAAGGUGGAGGCAGAGAUAAAGGAGAAGAUUGUUGAGGCUUUGGAGGCAUCGGGGUUGAAAGAGAAAGUGGAGAGCUUGAGAAUGGAGGUGGCGUCGGCCAUGGCGGCGGCGGCUGCAGAAGGUAUGGUUGCCGCUGAUAAUGGCAGGUCUUAGAUAAUGGUGUUGAUAUGAUUCUGUCGAGAGAGAGAGAGAGAGAGAGUAAUUAUUGAGGCUUUAUUGUAUGAUAAUUGAAUUUGUUGCGAUGUGAUUUAGUGGAAUGAUAAAUAAUUGAUUCUGUUCAAUAUGGAUUUUUAGUA